UUGUGUUUAAAAGCAGAAAUCCUACAUCCCUCCGGGAAAAUGGUAUCUCCUCCGCUGUCGGUGCUCUGGGUUGCGCGUGCAAACUAUUUUGACUACCACUAUAGUGAACAACGGGUUUGUCCAGUUGCUGAACUGGUGGAGGAAUAAACGCCAUGGUGGGAGUGGAGUGCAGGUCUGAGCAGGUGAGGGUGUGAACCCUCUGCGAUUGGUCGACGAAGAGGGCGACAGCCGGACAGAUCGAGACUGUCAGAAGAGAAGAAGAAUGGCUCAUAAUGUUAACUUUGACCUGAUGCACCCUCUCGUCGAAGCUGGACUAGAGAGCCCGUUAGAUGAGGAAGGUGUUCACAACUCGUUCAGCCAGCUGAUAGCAGAGCAGAGUCAGAAUGAAGAAUUGUCUGACGCCUUUGAGCUGCAGGAGCUGCAGAGAGCACUGGACGAGGAGGUUGGAGACAAUGUGCCCAACCUGUCCAGCCCAGGACAUGGGUUUAAAGGAAAUAGGCAGGGGCAAAGCGAGGUGGAAUGGGAGGAUGAUGAAAGACAGACAGACGCCUUCUUAGGUGAACGUUGGUCCUCGGCCACCUUAAAGGUCCUGUCCUCCAUGCCCAGUCGCACCAUUGGUCGCAGCAGAGGAGCCAUCAUCUCUCAGUACUACAACAGGACCAUGCAGCUUCGGAGACGGAGGCAGAGCAGACCUUCCAUCCGAGACUUCUCUCGCUCCUCCAGACCGAGCAUACGAGGCUACGGCGUGGAGACAGACAGUGCUGACUCAGAGGUGAGUAAGAGGGAACGUUUGGUGAACAACCUGCAGAACCUGUCAGUAGGCGACAGAAUCCGGAUGCUCAGAGCGAUGCCACUCAGCGUGGCUGAGAAGAGUGAACUCAGGAGGUUAGCAUUACAGAAGGAGAGACGGUCACUUUCUGGCAAUAAGAUCCCCUGUUGCAGUCAGCUCAAAUAUUACAUCAUCAUUGCUGCACGACAGAGUUGGUACAGCUGGCUGUCCUUCCUGCACUCUCUCCAGCUGUGGCAAGUGGCGCUCAAGAGAGUGAGUGGGCGUUUCGGCACCGGGGUCCUCUCAUACUUCCUGUUCCUCAAGACCCUGCUCUUCUUCAACUUCUUCCUGUUCCUGGUGACUGGUGCGUUCUUGGUGCUGCCUCAGGCAGUGCAUCCUCCAGUGCUGCCUGAGGGGAGACGCCCCUUCUCUGGACUGGAGCUCCUUUCUGGGACGGGAUACUUCUCAGACACAGUGAUGUUUUAUGGGUACUACAGUAACUACACAUUGCAUAAGAGCUGCAAGGAUAAUUUUGGACUGCAGAAUGUCUCUGUGUCCAAUGAAACCAGGCUGGACUGUUUAUCGAAGCGCCACUCUUACAACAUGCCGCUUGCAUACUUCUUCACCAUAGGAAGCGCUUUCUUCAUCACAUGCAUCAUCCUUGUGUACAGCAUGUCAAAGUCGUUCGGUCAGAGCUUCCGAAUCGACAAAUCUCACAGUAUUUUGGCCAUGAAGGUCUUCUGCUCCUGGGAUUUCAAGGUCAUUAAGAAAUCCUCUGUUAAACUCAUGUCUGAGAAUAUCUCCACCCAGCUCAAGGAGCUGCUAGCGGAUGUGAAACAAAUGGAUGUCAAGAACUCUGUGUGCCAGCAGCUGUGGACACUGAUGGUUCAUCUCCUGGCAUGGACUAUCUGCAUAGCCAGCACCACUGCCUGUGUGCUUGGUAUUUACUACUUCUCUGAUUACAUGCACCAGAACCUGCAGCAAAGUUAUAAUUCUACUGUCAGUGACCCCUUGCAUGAGGCCAGCCUUCUGGCUGUCCCCGUGUUGGUGUCCCUCAUCAACCUGCUGCUGCCUGGCCUGUUCAACCUCGCAGCCUGGAUGGAGGACUAUGAGUCACCUUCUGUACGCACAUAUGUCGCCAUUGGCAGAAACCUGAUGUUGAAAGUAAGCGUGCUUGGAGUCCUGUGCUACCACUGGCUGGGCCGGGUGGCUGCUGACCCUAAAAUUAUUAAACUGACGUGCUGGGAGAGUUUUGUUGGCCAGGAGCUUUAUCGUUUCCUACUCAUGGACUUCAUCUUCACUCUGCUGGACACCUUGUUUGGAGAGCUUCUUUGGAGGUUGUUUUCUGAGAAAGUUCUGAAGAGGAGGAGGAAACCUGUCUUUGAUAUCGCCAGGAACGUCCUUGAACUCAUAUAUGGGCAGACGCUGGCCUGGUUGGGUGUGCUCUUCACUCCUCUUCUGCCUGCAGUGCAGAUUCUCAAACUCUUCCUGCUCUUCUACAUUAAGAAGAGCAGCGUGAUGAUGAACUGUCAGGCCCCCAGGAGGCCAUACAGAGUCAGCCAGAUGACGACCAUCUUCAUCACUCUCCUCUGCUUCCCCUCCUUCCUCGGUGCCUCUGUUUGUGUCACAUACACCAUGUGGAGUAUCACACCCUCCUCGUCGUGCGGCCCGUUCCGUGGGCUCAAAACAAUGAUCCAGGCGGGGAAGCGCUGGGUGGAACAACUGGAAAAAGACAAUCCCAACCUGUCCCUGCUGGCCAGGGCUCACUCCUACCUGGUGGAAAACCCUUUCUUCCUGUUCGUAGGAGCAGGUAUCUUUCUGAUAGUCAUCUACUUCCACAGUCAGGUGGUGGACGGUCAAAGGAAGAUCAUUGGCUUACUACAGGAGCAGAUUGAAAAUGAGGGAGAGGAUAAGAAGUUUCUGAUCACUCGCCUCCAGUCAAUCCAUGAGCAAAAACGAACCCCCGCUCGAAGACUCACAAGCCAGGACUCAAACUGUUGAGUUCCCAACCUCUUUGUCUCCAGCAGACAGGCCUCCUCACUGAGCGCUGAGGUCUGCAGACAUCUUUAACCAACAAGGAUUUGACGGGGAAAAAAGGGCAAAGGACACAGCUGUGUAUACGACCAGGUUCAGAUGAUUUAUGCAUUAGGUACAUUUAAAAUGUGGCUAGGAUUUUAAUAGCUGGAGUUUGUAGAGAGAGGAAACAAACGGUGUGGAAAUAUCAGGCCAAACAAAGCUGUCUGCUUUAUACAUUAUGUUUAUAGAUGAAAUACCCAAACUCAAACUUUAGGAAGUUCAAAGUUACAGACAGAAUAACCUGAAACUUGUUAAAGCUGAUGUUUUCAGUUUUUCAGUCAUCUCUCAUAGAAGCACUUUUCAUAUCAACUGUGAAGAAAGAAAGUUUUUAUUCUUAUGUCUUGUGCAAAAAAUGUUGUCUACAAUGUAGUUUUUAAUGCUUUUACAUUUAUCAUCAGUAUGUAUGUUGUGGGUGAGAUUAUGUGGUGUGAUAAUACUGGAAAUGGCUUUUUGUUCCUCCAUUUUGUUUUCUGAGAUUUUUUUUUUAGGGUGAUAACAACCACUUUAUUGCCAUACUUGUAAUUAUUAAAUUAUGUUUUUAUCA